UGAAGGUGUCAACUGUCAAAAUUGAAACAUUCAGUAAACGUCAGGUAGUUUUGUCUAUUCCUUUUCCUGAUAAAAUAUUGUCUUGGUAGUAACAGAAAUGGGUCGUUAUUCUCGGGAACCUGAUAAUCCAACCAAGUCAUGCAAGGCUCGUGGCUCGAACCUGCGUGUUCAUUUCAAGAACACAUAUGAGACUGCUAUGGCUAUCAAGAAGUUGACCUUGCGCCGUGCCGUACGCUACCUCAAAAACGUUGUAGACCAGAAGGAAUGCAUACCUUUCCGUCGCUUCAACGGCGGUGUCGGUAGAUGCGCACAGGCCAAGCAGUUUGGAACUACACAAGGUCGUUGGCCUAAAAAAUCCGCUGAAUUCCUACUGCAACUCCUGAGGAACGCAGAAUCGAACGCGGAUCUCAAAGGCUUGGAUGUUGACAGGCUUGUCAUUGAACACAUUCAGGUAAACCGCGCCCCCUGUCUCCGCAGGCGUACAUACCGCGCUCACGGUCGUAUCAACCCUUACAUGUCGUCGCCCUGCCACAUCGAGGUCUGCCUCAGUGAGCGAGAGGACACAGUCGCCAGAGCCGCUCCAACUGACGACGCGCCCGCUAAGAAGAAGCUGUCCAAAAAGAAACUGGCUCGCCAGAAGGAGAAGAUGAUGAGGGAAUAGAAUUUUAAGGGUUAAUAAAUGACUUACAGUAA